AUGUCAUUAAAUGAUUAUACUUCAAUAGAAACAAAAAUGAAAAAAAUUUUUAAAAAAUUAAAAAAAAUGAGACAAUUAAAAGGAAUAUAUUAUUCACUAAAUAAAUUAAAUAAAAAAACAAAAAAUAAAUUAAUUAAAAAACAUUUUUUAUUUAAAGAAGGGGACAGAUUUUUAAAUGAAGCCAAAGCUACAAAUUAUUGGCCUGUUGGAAGAGGAAUUUAUUUGAAUUUAAAAAAAACUUUUUUGGUUUGGGUAAAUGAAGAAGACCAUUUACGCUUAAUUUCUAUGGAAAAAGGUGGAAAUGUUGGAAAAGUUUUUAAAAGAUUAAUUUUGGGAGUUAAAAUUAUUGAAGAAAAGGUAGGCAAACAUUUGGAGGGUUUUGGGGGGGGGGGCAAGUUCCAACUAUGUAUGUAUUUGUUAAAUAAAGUGAGAAAUAGGAUAAAUUUAAAAGCAUUUUUCUGCCCCAAGUGGCAUUUUUAG